CUUUCUGCCUACACCUACGAAUCUCCAUACUGUCGUCACAGAUCCACGUCGCCCACGAUGCCGCGCGCCGAAGUUGGAAGCAUCAAGCAUCUGUCGAACCAGAUGAAGGCGAAGGGUCUUCAACGCCUUCGCUACUGGUGUCAGGCAUGCGAAAAGCAAGCCCGAGAUGCAAACGGCUUCAAGCAACACUGCCUCAGUGAGAGCCACAACCGUAACAUGGCAUUGGUCGCCGAGAAUCCACAAAAGGUUAUCGAGAAUUAUAGCCGAGAUUUCCAAAACGAAUUUCUCUCGCUCCUACGGACAGCUCAUGGAGAGAAGGCUGUGAACGCAAACCGGUUUUAUCAAGAAGUUAUCAGGCACAAAGAGCACACCCACAUGAACUCGACCAAAUGGCCAAGUUUGACCGAGUUUGUCAAGUACCUCGGCCGAGAGGGUAUCGUGACCGUUCGCGAGGAUGAGAAGGACGGCAUGAUGAUUGCUUGGAGGGACACUAGCGCUGCCGCCACCAAACGACGAGAGGAAAUCCGCGAACUGGAGCUUGCUGAAGCCAGAAGCGGCGCAAAUGAGGACAAGCUGUUCAAGAAAAUGGCGCGGAGGGCGCAGGAGGAAGCCGACGAGAAGGCAAGAAUUCUGGAGGCGAGAAAGGCCGCGAGUGGAAGCGCACCCGCGAAGUCAGACUCUGCGCCCCCUUCAGCUGAAGGCCAGUCACCAUCCGCUCCUCCGGACGUACAGAAAGACGGCGGGGAUGUCGCCAAUACGGAUGUUACUAGCAAGACCAAUGAUGGUGAAAUAUCGGAAGCAUCAACUGCUGCUCCGACUGCCCCUGUCAAAAUCAGUUUUGGUCUGAAGACCAAGGCAGCCCUGCCACCGACUCAGGUGAAGAAAACGCAGAGCGUGUUCAAGCGCGCUAGGGCGGAGAAGGGGAAUGAGGAGAAACCCAAGAAGAAGGUCAAGCUGUGA